UGCUGAGUGAGUCCGCAGUGAAAGUGAUCGCAGCGGACGGGCUCUGUCUGUCAUCCACCAGCCAGGGAUAAACCCGAGCGCAGAACUAUUAGAACAACUAGUAUAUAUAUAUUAAUUAGAGCAAAAAUAGUAAUAACUGCAACUCGAGGAGAAGAGCCGAGGGAGGAGCCGCUUCCAGCACCGCGGAGAGUUCCUGCGCAAGUCAAGAGCAGCACACGGCACAGAUACAAAGGAUGCUCCAAAGGACGGGCGCUCCGCUGCUCCUGCUCGCCGCCCUGUGCGGUGCGCUCUGCUGCCGGACGCUCAGCCUGCCGUACGGCUCCAUCAGGCUGGGCAAUCUGGACGGAGACAAUGAGAACUGGACAAAGACACCCUCCAUACAGGACUCCCUGCCGGAAACGUACAAACUUUACUACGAUUUAUCGAAUGCGGUGCAGAGACCCACGAGACAUGCAGAUGGUCUCUUCACCAGCGGGUACAGCAAACUGCUCGGGCAGCUUUCUGCAAGGCGGUACCUGGAGUCCCUGAUGAGCAAGAGAGUCAGCGACGAGUUCAUGGAGGACCAGGCGCCUGUCAAACGCCACUCAGAUGCCAUUUUCACAGACAACUACAGUCGCUUCCGCAAACAGAUGGCAGUGAAGAAGUACCUGAACUCCAUGCUGACCGGGAAGAGGAGCCAAGAGGACCCUCCAGCGGUGCAAGAGGAGUCCACUAGAAGCGAACAGUCCUUUCCAGAAAGCUUCGAUGACGUCGCCGUAGACGAGCUGCUCAACCACCUCCCAUUGACACUUUGAGGAAACCCCAGCGAAGAGAAAGCCGCGAUCAUUCAUCAUUAUUGAUCUGAUACGUUACGAGCGUUAUGAGGACAUCAACAAUCAAUACCAAAAUGUUUCCGUUGAAAAAAAUAAAUACAAUUACUUGUGGCCCGUAUACAUAAAGUAAAUGUUUACAUUGUACAUAAUUUUCUUCAGUUAGAGGAUUUCGUCUGGCGCUGUACAUAAUGUGUGUUGGCCUCGAGGCGGGCAAAUUGCUUGGACUAGUCUUCUGUAAAUGGUAGUUCAAUAAAUGCAUUUUAACAAGCACUGUACUGGGUAUAGUACAAUUAUAUUGUAUCAUAGAAGGAAGGACAGUGAGCAGAGCUGCACACUAUUAACACGACUCAUUGCCCAUUUCUACUAGCGUUAACCUACGGUACAUACAAUCAUCCAGCACUUUCGGCGACGCAACGUUCGGCUUGCUCAAUAUUAAAAGACGUCCAUUUGUAACUCAAGUACUUCUGUAAGAAGAUCCGCCUUUUAUUUCCGUUGAUGGCUCCGAGUGAACGUGGCGCGGUUUAAAGAGAAAUCAGACGUAUUUGCGGAGGACUAAAUAUGAACCACAGGGAAGUCUGGUGGUGAGUAUCUGUCGUUUGUACUGUAGCGGGACCUGAGAAGUCUGGUGACAGACAGAACAAUUUUUUCUUAUUGAAGUUUUUCUUUGGGGGGGAUGGAUGGGAAGUGCAGCAUGCAUUGAUGUGGGAAAGCAGGUUUAUUUAAUUUGAGUUAAUCUGCAGCCACCGAGACAAAAUACAAAAUCCUCUAAUACGUCCAAACUGUUUUUCUGACAUGCAGAUUCAGAAACCGUGGUUGAGUGCAAAUGAUUUCAAAAUCGACCAUCAAAUUCCUAUAUGUACUGUUCCGGGGGGGUUGUAAAUAUUCACAAAUAUUCAGUCGGAAUAUGACAUUCACAACUUAUUGUGCGGUAUAUUUUUCAAGACACGACUGAGGUCGGAUCGAAAAAGAAAAAACUGUUUUCAAAGGUGUUACUAUUCGGUUUUUA